GAUGGAGAUGCUCUAAGAGAAGAAUUAUAGUAGUAGUCCAAAAAAAUGAAUAAUGAUAAUUGCUCUCAUAAUUACAAAAAAUAUACAAAAAUAACAUCAAGCCAAACAACCCGGAUCCCCACGGGCCACGACCCCACCAGGCCACCACGUAUACUUGCCCACGUUCCCCUUCCCCUCGCAUCCGUUUCGUCCGUGCGCCGCCGCCAGCAUCUUCUCAGCCCAGGCCCCAGACAGAGCAAACCCCCCCUCUAAAAUUCGGUUAUAUUUGGGCUCCCGCCUCCGCCGUCGCCCUACAGUCCUACACCAGGUGCCGAGGCCUUCGCCGGUCAAGAGCGCCCAGCAGAUCCGCCACUGGGUUUUUGGAUUUGGAGACAUGGCGGAAGUGGAUGACAAGCUCAAGGACUACGAGAUCAGGAAGGAGGGAGAGGCAGAGAUCCUCUUGCACAAGAGGAACGCCGUCUUUUACAAUCCCGUGCAGGUUCACAACAGAGACAUGUCUAUUGCUGUUUUAAGGACCUUUAUUGCCAAGCGCAAGGAAGAACAUGAAGCGCUGGUGGACAAGAGGAACACAUCGCAUGGAAAAGACAAACUGAGUGAAAUAUCCUGUCAAAAUGGAGAGGAUGCGUCAACUGGCCAGCAAGAUGAAAUGGAACUAAAUAAAGCUGAAGUUCAAAUUGAUGAUCUGUCAAAAGAAGCAACAAAACCUCCUUGGAAAGUAACCAGAGAACUUAAGCCACCACUUGUCCUCGAGGCUUUGGCUGCAACUGGGUUGCGAUCUCUCCGGUAUGCCCGUGAAGUUGAGGGCUUAGGAAAGAUAGUUGCUCUGGACAAUGAUAAAGCUUCCGUCGAAGAUUGCAAGCGAAACAUAAAGUUUAAUGGUGCUUCCACUACUAGUAAGGUGGAAACUUACUUGGUUGAUGCUCGAAUUCACAUGCUGAUGCAUCCAAAAGAAUUUGAUGUGGUUGAUCUUGACCCUUAUGGAUCACCAUCUAUAUUUCUAGACUCAGCUGUACAGGCUGUUGCUGAUGGCGGUUUAUUGAUGUGCACUGCCACUGAUAUGGCAGUUCUUUGUGGUGCCAAUGGAGAAGUUUGUUACUCUAAGUAUGGUUCAUUCCCAACCAAGGGCAAGUAUUGUCAUGAAAUGGCUUUGAGAAUUCUCCUAGCCAGUAUUGAGAGCCAUGCAAAUCGGUACAAGCGAUAUAUUGUGCCUGUUCUCUCUGUGUUCAUGGAUUUUUAUAUCCGUGUUUUUGUUCGAGUAUUCACUUCUGCAAGUGAAAUAAAGAAUACACCUCUAAAACUUUCUUACAUAUAUCAGUGUGUUGGCUGCGACUCUUUUCAUCUUCAAUGUCUUGCGAGGACUGUUCCGAAGAAGAAUAAUGGUGUGAAGCAUGCACCUGCUUUUGGACCUGUUGUUCCUCAAGAGUGCAGUGAUUGUGGAAAGAAAUUUAAUGUAGGUGGGCCAAUAUGGUCAGCUCCUAUUCAUGAUCAAGACUGGGUAGUUUCUACUUUGACAGGUGUUAAGUCAAUGAAGGAUAGAUAUCCUGCGUAUGAUAAAAUUACUUCAGUUCUAACUACUGUGUCAGAGGAGCUAGAUGACAUUCCACUGUUUUUCAGUCUCCAUAACAUAGCAGGCACUGUCAAGUGCACGUCUCCGUCUCUGGUUAUGUUCCGGUCCGCAGUUCUAAAUGCAGGGUAUCGGAUCUCAAGCACCCAUGUUAACCCACUUGGGGUUAAAUCUGACGCCCCUUGGGAUGUUAUUUGGGACAUCAUGCGCUGCUGGGUGAAGAACCAUCCUAUCAAGGAACAGGCACGUGACUCACCUGGCACGGUGAUCCUUUCAAAAUCGCCAAAGCUAGAAGCAGACUUUUCCAGAGCAGUUGCUGCCCUCGGCAAAUCUGGGGCAAAGAAGACGAAACGAUUCCUUCCAAACCCAGAGCGGCACUGGGGCCCGAAGGUCAGAGCAGGCCGGAAGAUCACGAGCAAACACGUCUCUCUGUUGGGCCCUGAUGCCAUCAACGCUGCCGUGAACGGCGGCGGCGGCGGUGACUGCCACAGAGAAGGGAGCGGUGCCGCGCCAGAUAGUAGCAAUACAGCCCCAGAACCCGAGGGGCUGGAGGACGAACCCUCGAACAAACGCCAGAAAGCCAGCGGCGACGGGGAACCAGAAGGACAGAAGGCCAGCGACGGGGAACCGGCAAGCGAAGCUUGAUCUGUUUGGUAGUCGUUGUUGUGCCUGUCAGCCUGUGCUUUUGCUCGUUUUGUGGCCCGAUGGGUGUUACCUGUUUUAUUUUGAUGCAACGAAUUUUGCUUGGUUUUGACAGCCUGUGGGUUUUAGAUAUAAGAAAAGCAGGCUCCAGACCCA